UUUCGUUUUCUAGCGUCACAGAAGGAAAAGAGGCAGGCGAAGGCAGAAAGGAGUUUCCGUUAUCCUCUCUCUCUCUCUUCCAGUUUCUCUCUCUCUCUAUCUAGCUCUGUAUCCCUCGCGAUCGUAACUGAAGUUUUCGACAGCUAUGGUUACUGAUUCGACCACCAACGCAUCGAUUCCCAUGGCCGCAUCCAACUCCAAGGAUUUCGCCAAGAAAAAGAGGGUGAAUAGGUCUGCCAAAUUGAAGCAGUGCAAGCUUGAUGCUCGUCGUGAGCAGUGGCUUUCGCAAGUGAAGAACAAGGGGGGAUUUGGUGAUUCGUCGGGUCAUCCACCAUGCAGUGAGAGUCAGUUGUCGAUGGAGAAUUUAGAGGUAAAGCCCAGAGGCGAAAAGGAGGGAGGGUCGAUAUACCACCAUUACAGUGAUUCUGAUUCGGCUUCCAACAGCCCCACAAGUCACACCAGUAGCGUAUUGGGCAGUAGUAGUAAUGUGUCUGGAACGAUUUUUACUGGUAGCGGCGGUAGCAGCAGCAGUAGUGGGGGAAGUUGCUCUGGAAGCGUUACCGGUGAGGAUGAAGACGAUGAUGGGUGCUUGGAUGACUGGGAGGCGGUUGCCGAUGCUUUAGCGGUGACUAAUGAGAAGCAGGAGCAAGAUAAACACAGUUUUGAUAAUCAAAGUGUGGUUCCAUCAGUUUCUCCGCCAGAACUAAAGCCCGAGGAGCGAGUAGAAGGGAAUGUACAGAAGGGUCAACCCAAUUGCAGGGCUUGGAAGCCUGAUGAUGCUUUUCGCCCUCAAACUCUGCCCAAUCUGUCGAAGCAGCUCAGUUUCCCUAUGAAGUCGGGCAGGCAAUACGGUUGUCCAUGGGGAUGUAAGAAUGUUGUAUCAGUGCCAACUACUUGUCCCAUAUGCUGUGAAGAUUUGGACUAUACGGACUCUAGGUUUCUCCCUUGCUCUUGUGGGUUCAGGCUUUGCCUUUUCUGCCACAAGAGGAUUCUUGAAGACGAUGGGCGUUGUCCUGGAUGCAGGAAGCAAUAUGACGAUGAACCCAUCAAGGGCGAGGCAACAAUAGAUGGAGGCAGUCUGACAUUCAAGUUGGGUCGCUCUUGUAGCAUGAUCACGAGGUCUUAGAAAGAUUCUCUGUUUUUGCCUCACUAGUAUGCUGGGUCUCUCUAUUUUCACAUGUCUUGCGUGUUUUCUUAUCAUUGGACUCUGAUUUCAUAGUCUUAGAUGUGGGUAAUGGGCAUAGGGAUGUGGUUUUGAAGCACCCGGAUUUAGGCUGGUUCUUUGUUUGAGUUAGGGCAACAUAUGUCUGGUAAUGUGCUGAUGUAGAAGACGUUGUGGGUAUGUGAAUAGAUAAGGUGGUAUAUAAAUUUAAUACAUGAAAUUUGAUUUGAAUA